AUGUCAUGUGCUUUGGAAAGAUCUGAAUCAUCAUUCUCAAAUACUGUCAGUGCAGAGUUCACAUUAUUAGAAAGCGUAGUGGAUGGUGCAUGUAGCUUCAAUGGAUUGAGCACCUGGAGAUCGCUCUUGGAGGGUUUAACUGAGAUACUGCUUAAUAUGUGGCGAUCAAGAACAAUUUCUUCUUCCCCAAUUUCAACAGCGGACAAAAAUGGCGAUAUGCGAAUUACAAUCGAGGAGUUCGAAGAAUUACUUACAUCUAAUGAAGCACAAUCAUCGCAGGUCAAAAGGGCACUCUAUCUUAUAGCCGACCAGGUUAUUACCCCUUCACAACGAUUCCAAGUUCAUUCCUAUAUUGAUGAGUAUACUUGUUGUCCUCCGCCAAUUUUUAUUCUGCUAGUAUCCAUUAUUGAGAUAUUCGUAUUUUUCUACUACUACUGGACAGAUCCACCACAACCAAAUGAGGAUAUUUUCACAUUUUGUUCCGGAUGCGUGGUAAACCACCAUGUCGGUCCGUUAAUGUUUUCACCAAAAAUGAAGAGCCAAGUGUGGAGACUGAUUACGUACGCUUUGCUCCAUGCCGGCUUGAUUCAUCUAUUAGGCAAUAUACUAGUGCAAAUAAUGAUUGGAGUGCCUCUCGAAAUAGUUCAUAAACCGUGGCGGAUAGCGCCACUCUACUUGAUGGCUGUCUUAUCAGGGUCGUUACUACAGUAUACACUGGAUCCGAAGGUAUACGUUGUUGGUGCCUCGGCUGGUGUUUAUGCACUUCUGACUGCCCAUUUAGCAAAUGUCGUCAUCAACUGGGCAGAGAUGCCAUUUCGAUGGGUGCGACUCACAUUGAUCUCAAUUUUUCUUGUGUUCGACAUAGGAACAGCUCUUAUUCGUCGCUUUGGCUCUAGCGAGUGUGACACGGUGUCGCAUUCGGCUCACAUUGCGGGUGGAAUAACUGGCUUUUGUUUUGGAAUUGUGAUUCUUUACAAUGUUGUGGAGCGACCUUGGGAGAAGAUUAUCAAAUAUAUUUGCAUUGCACUCUAUAUGUACAGCACUUUGAAAGAGAAACUCGCACUGAAUUGCGACGUGUUCCAGCCAAUGUCCCGAGCCCAAAUUUUGCAUGGCACGGAUCCACUUAACUUCUGGCCAGCAAAACUAUGCUGUAGCAGCACUUUUUGCAAAAUCAUGAGUACAUUUGAUAAGCUAAUGUGCAAACCAUGGACUUUAGCACAGAAAAGUGAAUAA